GGGCAGUAUGUGAGAGCGACUCGGCGCGUCUGGUUCUGGACAGGUGACGGAAAAAAGCAAAAACACGGUCUGCUUUGUGUUUGUGUUGAUAAACAACCUGCGCAUAUUUACGAGCCGAACCUAAGCACAAUAUUGUUUUAAUAUUGGCUCUGAAAACGAUCAGGUGAUUCGAGGCGUCUGCGACCGAGGCGGUAGUGACAUGUCCAAGGCACCCGAACCAUAUUUUGUGGGCGUGGACGUGGGAACGGGCAGUGCCCGGGCCGCGCUGGUGGCCUCCGACGGCCGGGUUGUGGAGCAGUCGGUGCAGGAAAUCAAAACCUGGACCCCGGAGCCCCACUACUACGAGCAAUCCACUCAGGAUAUUUGGGGAGCCAUCUGCAAGGUUGUGAAGCAUGUCAUUGCCGGCGUCAAUAAGUCACAAGUCAAGGGCAUUGGUUUCGAUGCUACCUGUUCCUUGGUGGUUCUGGGACCUCAGGGAGCUCCCCUGACCGUCAGCAAGACCGGAGAGCCGGAACAAAACGUGAUCCUCUGGAUGGAUCAUCGCGCCGUCCAGGAAACAGCGGAGAUAAACUCCUCCAAGCAUCCCCUGCUGAAGUACGUUGGUGGUCAGGUUUCCCUGGAAAUGGAGGUGCCAAAGCUCUUGUGGCUUAAGAGGAAUCUUUCAAAGACCUUUACCAAUAUCUGGCGAGUGUUUGAUCUUCCGGAUUUCCUAACCUGGAGGGCAACGGGUGUAGACAUCCGUUCUCUCUGCUCCGUGGUUUGCAAGUGGAACUACGAUGCGGCCAACCAGACCUGGAACAAGGAGUUCUUGAAGCAGGCCGAUUUGGAGGAACUCACUCUGGACAAUUUCGAGAAGCUGGGCAGUGAUGUGCAGCCUCCUGGUAGAACUGUGGGAAAAGGCCUCUCCGAAAAGGCUGCGUCGGAGUUGGGACUUUCUCCGGGCACAGUGGUGAGCACGUCCCUAAUCGAUGCCCAUGCUGGAGCUCUGGGAAUGUUUGGGUGUCGCUCAAAGGGGUCUAGUUCAUCCGACGAUGUGCAGGGCAAAAUGGCCCUCAUCGCUGGUACCUCUACUUGCCACAUGUCUAUUACGCGGGAUGCCUGCUUUGCCGAGGGGGUGUGGGGUCCUUACCAGGAUGCCAUCAUCCCCGGAUACUUCCUCAACGAGGGAGGACAGAGCGUUGCUGGCCAUCUUCUUGAUCAUGUCCUUAAGACUCAUGAAGCCUACACGGAGCUCAAGACCAAGCUGGGAGCAGACAAGAAUAUUUACCAGCAUCUUAAUAAACUACUUCCCGAACUGGCUAGUGCUCGGGGCCUAGAAGAGGUGAGCUGUCUCACGGAGGAUAUUCAUGUCUGGCCUGAUUUGCAUGGAAACCGGUCACCCAUAGCCGAUCCCACGCUACGAGGAAUUAUUACUGGACUGGACAUGUCGCGUGGAAUUGAAUCUCUGGCCAUUAAAUACCUGGCCUUCGUUCAAGCCUUGGCUUAUGGUACACGUCAUAUUAUUGAAAACCUUUAUCAUCAUAAGCGAGCACCUUUCCAAACACUUCUCUUCUGCGGUGGCUUGGCCAAGAAUCCUUUAUACGUACAAUGCCAUGCGGAUAUUUGCAAUUUGCCGGCUCUCAUUCCAGAUGAGCAGGAAAUGGUCCUUGUGGGAGCGGCUGCAUUAGGUGCCGCUGCUUCAGGACAUUUUGACAGUUUAGAGAAAGCCUCCAAAUCCAUGGGCGGCACUGGCCAGCUUUUAAAGCCGAACCCCAGGACUCUUGACUUUCAUAAUCGUAAGUUUAAGGUGUUCCUGCAGUUGCUAGAGGAUCAGCGCCAAUACAGAAACAUUAUGCAGGGAGAAUAGAAUUUUUAGUAAAGUAACACUAAAUGAUUUGAAAAUAAAUGCCAUACAUAAGCA